AUGGAAGAGGUUGAAGGGGAUGGGCUGCCAGAAGAGGCCAAGAAGGAAGAGUUGAAGGCAGCCGAGGCAGAGAAGGAAGAAGAAGCUAGAUUGAAGAAGGCUACUGAGGCCGAGAAGGAAGAUAAGAAGAAGAAGAGUAAGGGAAAGAAGGGUGGAAAGGCAGAGUCAUCGCAUCAUAACAAAUCAAGAAAGAACAAAGAGAAAAAGGAUGAGGACGAAGACAAAGAGGCCGAGAAGAAGGAGAAAGAAGAGAGAAGAUUUUGCCGAAAGGAGAAGAGGUACCUGAGAAAAGAAGAAAAAACAAAGUAG